AUGGUGAACGAAUACACGGGACCGCCACCGCAGGAAAUGGAAACAUUCCUGCCGCAGGAUGGGAAGAACGGAGCUACUGUGUACAAGUUUACACCCGCCAAAUCGGAUGUCGAGGCAAAUGGGACAAUGCAGUUUGAUCCGUUUAAGGAACGGAAACUGGAACACCCAACAACUGAUGGCGAAACAUUAACUCAUCUGCUGAAGGCCUCGCUCGGCACGGGUAUCCUGGCGAUGCCGGUCGCGUUCAGCUAUGCUGGUCUGGUGGGAGGUAUCCUGGCUACCGUGGUCACUGCCUUUAUCUGCACGCACUGCGCCUACGUACUGGUGAAGUGCGGGCACACACUGUACCGUCGCACCCAUCGAACGGCGAUGAGCUUCUCCGAGAUUGCCGAGGUCGCGUUCGAGAAUGGACCGGAAUGGGGCCGCCGGUUUGGCAUGCCUACGUCUUACUGCAUCCGAUACGGAUUGUUCAUAACGUACUUCGGCACCUGUGCCGUCUAUACCGUCAUCAUUGCAACCAACUUCCAGCAAGUGAUCGAGCAUUACUACGGUAGCCCGUUGAAUCUGCGCGUCAUGAUUGCGCUGCUGCUGGUACCGCUGAUCCUGCUGUCAUGGGUACCGAAUCUGAAGUACCUCGCACCGGUCUCCAUGGUCGCUAACGUGUUUAUGGGCGUUGGAUUGGGCAUUACGUUCUACUAUCUCGUCACCGAUAUGCCAGCGGUCGAAUCGCGUCCACUGUUCCUGCCCAUCAUGCAAUGGCCCGCAUUCUUCGCCAUUGUCAUCUUUGCCAUGGAGGCUAUCGGUGUGGUGAUGCCGCUGGAAAAUCAGAUGAAAACGCCACAGAACUUUAUCGGUAUUUGCGGUGUGCUAAACCAGGGUAUGGCUGGUGUGACGCUGAUCUACAUCCUGCUCGGUUUCCUCGGUUACGUUAAGUAUGGCGAUGCGGCGGAAGGAAGCAUUACGCUCAAUUUGCCAAUCGAUGAAAUUCCCGCCCAAGCAGUAAAGAUCCUGAUUGCCUUGGCCGUGUACUGCACGUUUGGACUGCAGUUCUACGUGUGUCUUGAUAUUGGCUGGAUUGCCAUCAAGGAUCGCUUCACCAAGCGACCGCGGCUGGUUGAGUACGUUAUGCGCACUAUCCUCGUCACUGCUGCCGUCCUGCUAGCCGUCGCUGUCCCGACCAUCAGUCCGUUCAUUGGUCUCAUCGGUGCAUUCUGCUUCUCGAUCCUGGGUUUGCUGAUCCCAAUUGUCAUCGAGAUGGUCACGUACUGGGAGGAAGGGUUCGGACCCGGUAACUGGAUCGUGUGGAAGAACGUAGUCGUCUUCGUUUUUGGUAUCAUUGCGCUCGUGUUUGGUUCCAAGAACGCCAUCGAGGAAAUUCUUGCCCUGUACGCUUAG